AUGGGCGAGGAAGCGGGCGAGGCGGCUGUCCAGGGCCAGGCGGCUGGCGACGUGCUCUGGUUCGCGAAUCCCUCCGCGGGUGCUGCCACCGCCUCCGCGCCCGUCGACGCCGGAAUCCCCACGCUUCCGAUGAAGCGCAAGUCGCCGCCACCCGAGGAGCCGGAAGCGGCCGUGCAGCCCCUAAUGCACGUUCAAAUGGGAGGCCCGCCCCCCACAGCAGCGCCGGUUAUCGAGGCCGCACCCGUGAGCGGGCGGCCAAAGGUGUGGAACCCAAACUUGGCCUGCUGGGUCGAGGACACCGGCGAACUCCCCGCGGCUGUCCCCGGCUCGGGGACCUCGGCAGCGGAGGCCGAGAAGCAGAGGAAGAAUGCAGAGCGGCAGCGGGAGCGGCGGGAGCGAGGCGACUGGAAUCCGCAGGACGAGCAGUGCUGCCCGAAGUACGCCAAGAACACGCUCAAGUCGAGCCGCAUCAAGGGCGACCCAAUGCUGGCGGGUAUGCUCGAGAACCACAAGGCGGGUAGGAGCCCAUAG